CUUCAUCGGUAGAGUUGAUUUCGGAUAUUAUUAACCGCGCAGUAGUAUUUUUUUUGGGGCCGUUGGUUGACUGAGUUUGAACCAAAAAGUCUUUAAACUUAUGGGAGGAGACACACAUAGACCAAGUCGUGGUAACUUAAGUUUUAGUAGACCAAGGGGACGUGGUGGACGGGGCAAGAAAGAGUCCGUGAAUAAUACAAAGACAGAAAAUAAAGUGCAAAGGAGUGUUCAGAAUAGUUCGACUGUGGACGUCCAGCAGGACUUUGAGAUAUCUUCGUCCAACAAAGUAAACAGUUUUCAACGAAGCACUCGUUUCAACGCGAAAGAAGUUGAAAAAAAGCUGCAACAAAGAUAUGAUGAAGCCUUGUAUUCAGCUUUGCAGAGCACUGCAGGUAAUAGGGACACCAUGAUUGCAGGAAAUCGUCUAAACCCUGUUUUCUUUAGGGACAAGACUUUGCAGGACUAACCAAAAGCCCUGGAGUAAAGGUUCAGCUCCAGUC